UUUUAAUGGAGCAAUCUAGCCUCGAUUUCAAAACCAUCACUGUUGAAUUUGCUGACAACGGAGUGGCCACACUGACACUGAACCGUCCCAAAAUGCUCAACGCUUUUAGCUACCCCCUCAUGUGUGAACUUAAAGAAGCCUUGACAUAUCUUGGGAGCCCAGGCAAUGAUGAGGAUGUAAGAGUUGUAGUAGUCAAGGGAAAUGGAAAAGCAUUCAGCUCAGGCCUUGAUCUUACGGAUACCUCUGAAUCUUUCUCAGAACCUGUUGAGGAGCAUGGCCCAGAUGUUGCAAGAAAAGCAAUCGAAAUCACCAAGUAUGUAGAAUCAUGUCAGCAGACAAUGUCAGCUGCGGAAGAAUGCAGAGUUCCUGUUAUUGUAGCUCUCCAUGGCUACUGCUUUGGAGCUGCAAUAGAUUUCUCCUCAGCUUGUGACAUUAGACUAGCUGCAAAGGAUGCUAAAAUGUCCAUCAGAGAAGUUGAGGCAGGUAUGGUUUCAGAUUUUGGAACUUUACAAAGAUUUGACAGAAAAGUCGGAAAUAGCUCUUGGUUCAGAGAACUUUCCUAUACUGGAAGAUUCUUUUACCCUGAAGAGGCUAAGAAACAUGGAUUCAUAACAAACAUCUAUGAGACUAAAGAAGAAUUACACAAAGCUGCUCAUGAACUAGCUGACGUCAUUGCUUCUAAAUCCCCAGUUGCAGUCGUCGGAUCAAAAGCCUCAAUGAACUUCUCCCAAGAUCACUCAGUCAGUGACGGCUUAACCCACAUCAGAAUGAUGAACUCCUCACUUCUCCAGUCCGAGGACACCGUAAUCGCCGCUAUGGCUUCACUCUCCAAGCAAGUGCCCAAAUUCUCAAAGCUAUAAUCCAAAAAACAGCACUCAAUAUCCCUCUUCCACUC